UAAGAAAAAGAAGCAACAGAGUAGCGACGGACGAGCAAAAGAAAAGAAGACUGCUCUGUCUCUGUGCUGUGGUGCAAAAGUGGAAAAAUAAGGAAAAAAGUCACAAAUUUCGUACGUGAAGUGAAAAUUUCGAGCCGAAAACUGGUGCCCGCGAUUCCGGCCACGCGAAUGAAGAAACGGAAAUCGGCCCAACCGUAGAAUAGGUCCGAUAAAGUGGAAAACAGUGAUAGUAGAAGCAGAAUUAUUGUCCGUAGUAAAACACCCCCGUUUUCUGGACGGAGCGGAUUAUGGCCUUAGCAGCAGCCCGAAAGACACCAUCGAAAAUCUACGAUAUUCAAGCACACAGUAACAAAGUAACAUGUUUGGAUAUUGGAGUCACAGGACGAGUGUUGGUCACCGGAGGUCAGGACCGCAAUGUGAACCUAUGGACGUUUGGAAGCAAAGAAUGUUUUAUGAGCUUAACUGGACAUAAUGCCCCAAUCGAUUGUGUUAAAUUCGCCUAUUCGGACGACUAUGUGUAUUCGGCGGAUGAUACCGGCAUUAUCAAAAGAUGGGAUCUGAACUCGGACACUGAAUGUACCACAUUUUUCGGGCACAUGAAAACAGUGCGAACGUUGGACUUUCAUCCGUAUAGUGAAUAUGUAGUGUCCGGUAGUCACGACACCUCCAUACGCUUAUGGGAUGUUCGGCAGAACGUAUGCAUUAAACGAUAUCGAGGACACAUUUCACACGUGAAUUCAGUGAAGUUCUCUCCCGAUGGACUGUGGAUCGCCUCGGCUGGUACUGAGGGAUGUGUCAUAAUAUGGGAUAUUCGAAUGAGCAAGCAGUUUAUGGAAUUUACUGAAAGAGAAUCGCCGGCGAUUUGUGUUCAGUACCACCCAUCGGACUUGCUGAUGGCUGCCGGAAGAAACGAUGGCACGGUUGAUUUGUACGAUCUAGAAAAGAAACAACUCGUUUCGCGGGCAGAUAAAACUCGUUCGAAAGGACAUACGGUCAAAUGUAUCUCUUUUGACGAAGGUGGAACAUGUUUGUUUGUGGGCACAGCUGCUGGUAUUUCGGUAAUUGGCUGGGAACCCGAUCAGGAGUAUGAUCAUAUUGACUCUACAUGGACGUUCUUAGGAGAUAUGAUAACCGCUGGGAAGAAACUGAUUUGUGGAACAUACGAAAACAGAAACGUUUCAAUCCAUGCUUUGAACCUAGCGCAAGUUAAGCCAUUUUAUAAUCCACAAAAUCAACCUUUCAAUCAUCAUCAGAGCUCAAGGAAAAGUUUUAGCCGAGGUAGCGGAAAAGUACGAUUAUCUAUUGGCGAUCGAUCUCUAUCAGGAGAAACAAUUGAAGAAAACAUCAACGGAGGAAUGUCUCCGAACCUGAGUAUUGAAAUGAUAGACGAAGAAGGUUCGUCGGUACUGGCAGAGAAAAAUGCAUUUGAUUUUAGCCAUAGUAACGGAAGCGGUACAGUCAGUUUCGAAUCAUUCACGCCGCCACCGUCCUCUAUUCCAGUGCCGACAAUCACACCGCCAUCCGGGCCCUUAUCCAACAGCAACUAUCUGGUCAAAGAGGAGAUGAAAAUGUACAAUAUCAGCACAUCGACAGGCUAUUCUAGUGAUAUGGAUUUUUACCCCAUUAAAAACAACCCUUCAGACGCGGACAAAGAGGACUUCCCGGUCAAAAGUGCCCAACCUCCAGAUUAUGCACCAAAGAUGGCCAACUCUAGCACAACCAGCUCCAGUAGCAACACCUCGACUGUAACGAAAAGCACUCUGGUUAGACAAAAGACGGAUUCGAUUAGCAGUGCCAGCGUACAGCAGAGGAGACCUUCGCAGCCAAAUCUCGCUUCGAGCAGAAACACGUUUGGAUCCAGCAAUUUGACUAGGAAAAUAUCCACAUCUAGAAGCACACUGGAGAUUAACAAGCUAGGCCAAGAUGAACAAGUCACCUUUAAAAAACCGAUCAGUCGUGGAAGCUCUCCAAUACGGAACAACACCGCCCUCAGUAGUAAGAUACGCAAAAGCGAAAGCACAGCACAAAUCAAUAACAUGAAGAACAGCACCAACCGGUAUAGCCAUAACGCCAAUGUUAAAGUCGAAAUAGUAACAAAACCCGUCCGCUCGAAAACCUCCCUGGAUAUGCGCCAAAGGAACACCAAUGGCAGCGAGCACCACAAUAGCAGUAGCGCCACAAUGAGCCGAGCCGGCAUAAUCCAUCACAACAAUGGUAACUCUGGGGGUCACAGUUUAACUCACAUCGGAAUUCACGAUUCUGGCGGUGGAAGUAUGGGUGGGAGGGAUUCAAUUUUGAUGCCACCCCCACCUAUCCCCCCUUCGUCUUCGAUCCCCACUGCAACGCAUCACAUCCCGCUUAUAAGAUAUCCGUCGUCACAUGACAGUGGAGGAGCAGGUAUGACCUCCAAUGAAGAGUAUGAAAUCCAACUACUGAUGAACGAACACGACAGCGUCUUCCAAGCUCUCUGUAAUCGAACGGCUCUACUCUCGGCGAUUCGCAACUAUACGCAAUCGGGAGAUGUGAAUACCGCUCUCAAGGUGGCUGUGCGGAUGAACGAUCACCCUAUUCUAGUUGAUUUGCUAGGGGCGAUAUUGGAAAAAAGCUCACACUUCACGUUAGACAUGUGCGUUCUGCUACUGCCAAAAAUCUAUGACCUGCUGCAAAGUGAUUUGAAAUUCCACUGUACCCGAGCCUGCGAUACGUUACGAGUGAUUUUGACCACGUUCCUGCCGGUGAUUCGUGAAAACACCGACCCGUGGGGUGCCUGCACAAUCGGCGUGGACGUCAGCCGCGAGGAGCGCGUCAGUAAAUGCAUGGAGUGCAAAACGUGGCUGCUGAGGAUACGAACCUUGCCAGAGAAUCCGAAAAUAGGCACCAAUCUGCAGCAGCUGCAAAACAUGAUGGUCGACUUAUGAGGCACGAGAGAGGUAAGCGACUUGCUUUUCUUUUGAUUUUUUUGUAUGGUUUUAAUUUAUUAAUUUCCGUUAUGAUCAAAAUGAUUGUGUUUUCUAAAUUUAACGAAAAAAAUCGUGAGAGUUUCGUACUCAUAAUAGUUGAAACGGUAAAAGAGGUACGACUUGUCCACAUUUAAAUGAAAAAGAAACAGAAUCCCCGCUAACGCUACUAAUUUAUUUGCAAGCAAAACAGCAACAAAUUCUACAAAACUGUAUGAUUUUAAUCUAAAACGGUUUUUUGUUUUUAUUCAUGAAGCAAACGUAAUAUAUUUUAAACUAACGUAGAUGCAAUGAAGGAAAAUGCAAAAAAAAAAUCGUCGAUACAGAUUAAUAAUAAGACUGAACAUUUUAAUUGAAAAAUCAACCUACAAAAGAUCAUCCUAAUAAGAAUAAUACUGCUACGAUAAUAUAGACUUUUAUUAACAUAAGCGAAAGAAGCAAAAUCAUCCUAUAAUAUGCAAGCGGAGUAACCAAAUUCACGGCUUUUUAUAUUUGAUAUCGGAAUAUUUUAGCUCAAUCGUAGGACUACUGUUGGCGCAUUAGCAUUAGCCAACGAGGUACAACUCAAACGAAAAGAAAAUAACACGAAACGGUGAUUUACUUAGUGCUUUAAACAAAAAAAGCAACAUGCAAUAAUUGUGAUUAACACACCAUUCGUUUCCUUGAUCUUGUUUUAUAAAUCGGUUUCAACGUAUGCUUUCCACUUACUUACCUUUGUACUACCUAGUUGAUAUAGAUGAAUAAAAUUAAAACUGCACAGUUUCGGGAAAAUCAUGUCACAAAAUGGUGAAACAAAAAUGCAUUUAACAGUAAAUAGUAGCCGGAAAAAAAGUAUAUGAAUAGCAGUAA